AAACUAUUUAUCCCAAACUCGAGAGAGUGUACUUUGUCGUCGUCUGCUGGAUAAGACGACCGUCGAUUAGGCUGUACAUCCAAUCACUGGGGAUCAUUAAUUAGGGAGCCCGGUCAUCGAGAAAAUCAGUCAGGUCAGAGCGAUUCUAAGGUAACUUGGGAGGCAAAAGUCACUGAACAGGGCGCCAGGCAACGGAAAGAAAAUGGCAUCCGAAUCUUUUAUCAUCAAGACGCCCAGCUCGUCCGCCAAUAUUGGCCCCGGGUUCGAUGUGAUCGGCCUCGCGCUGUCCCUCUACUUGGAGCUACAUGUCACCAUUGACCGCUCCAAGGGCACCAGCUCAAGCCCGCUCAACUGUCGCGUGACGUACGAGGGCGAUGGGGAGGAGUCGGGAGACAUCCCGCUAGACCCUGACGCGAACCUCAUCACCCGUGUGGCUCUGUAUGUCCUGCGAUGCCAUGGCCAGCGUGCGUUCCCAGUCGAGACCCAUGUGCACAUCAAGAACCCCAUCCCGCUGGGAAGGGGACUUGGUUCUUCAGGAUCUGCCGUGGUUGCUGGUGUGAUGCUGGGUAAAAUGGUCGGAAAGCUGGAUCAUCUAGAUGAUAACAGAUUAUUCGACUUUUGUUUGAUGAUCGAGAGGCAUCCGGACAAUGUGGGAGCUGCACUUUUUGGCGGCUUUGUCGGAACAUAUCUGAACCCACUGAAGCCUGAGGAUGUGGCCCGCACCGAGAUACCACUCAGCGAGGUCCUCCCUGCACCUGCCGGCGGCAUUGACACCGGUGCUACCCCGCCAGAGCCGCCACACGGUAUAGGCCAUCACAUCAAGUUCCCAUGGGCUCCUGAAAUCAAGGCCGUGGCUAUCAUCCCCAACUUUGAGGUCGCGACUGCCAAGGCGCGCGAAGUGCUGCCGGCACAGUAUUCCAGAUCCGAUGUGACCUUCAAUCUGCAGAGGAUAGCCCUCCUUCCUGUAGCACUCGGCCAAUCGCCUCCUGAUUCGGGACUAAUCUACCUUGCUAUGCAAGAUAAGCUGCACCAGCCAUACCGCCAAACACUGAUUCCCGGUCUGACUGAUAUCGUCGAAUCGAUGACGCCUAGUACCCAGCCGGGGCUGCUGGGUGUAUGCCUGUCGGGAGCAGGUCCAACCAUACUUGCGCUGGCCACGGACAACUUUGAACAGAUUGCGGAACGCAUCAUUGCCAAGUUCAAGACACAAAACAUCACUUGUAGUUGGAAGCUGCUCGAGCCAGCCGAGGGGACUCAGGUUAUUCGACAAUAGAGCAAACUGUGGAAUCAAAUCGAUACCCUUUGAUGCAAGUGAAUUUCUCGCUGUGGCUGCUGUGACAACGUAGGGGUGUAUAAAGGGCAACUUGUUAAGGGAUGUGAAUGAUCACGUCCACCAGCAAGUAACAGUCGUGCAGGGU